CUGGGUUCACCGCUGCGAUGUUGGUGGCUGCGGCUGCUGAGCGAAACAAGGAGCCCAUCCUGUGCGUGCUCCGCCAGUAUGUGGAUCCUGCCCAGCGCGGCGUUCGCGUGCUCGAGGUGGCCUCGGGCUCCGGACAGCACGCCGUACACUUUGCACAGGCCUUCCCGAACGCCGAGUGGCAGCCGUCGGAUGUGGACCAACGCUGUCUGGACAGCAUUGCAGCCACCACCCAAGCCCAAGGGUUGUCCAAUGUGAAGGCUCCGCUGUACCUGGACGUGACCUGGGAGUGGGAGCAAUGGGGCGGGAUCCCACCGCGAUCGCUGGACCUGUUGCUCUGCAUCAAUAUGAUCCACAUCAGCCCCCUGAACUGUACUGAGGGGCUCUUCAGAGCAGCAGGACACCUGCUCAAAACCAAGGCUGUGCUGAUCACCUAUGGGCCCUAUGCCAUCAAUGGGAAGAUCUCUCCCCAGAGCAACGUGGACUUUGACCUGACCCUCAGAUGCAGGAACCCAGAGUGGGGGCUUCGUGACACAGCGCUUCUGGAGGAACUAGGCCAGGCCAGCGGCUUGGUCCUGGAGAGGAUGGUGGACAUGCCAGCCAACAACAAGUGCCUGAUUUUCCGGAAAGAAUAGCAUCUCUGUCAAAAGUUGUCAUGGUACAAACUAGACAUCAGCCCCUCCCUCACUGGGUCAGUCCUUGGGAUAAAUUUGCUCCUCCUAGUCUAGUGGCUGCUGGGCUGCAAAGAACCUGGUCCCAGCGGGCCUUAAAAUAAAGCCUUUGCAGCCCACUGUGGGAUAUGUAUAC